AUGAUUGUUUUUAUUUUGCAAGCUGUGGCGUUUUUGGUUGUGUUGGAGCGUCAUUUUUUGGGUAGUUCUCAGUGUCGUAUUGGUCCUAAUAAGGUUGGAUAUUCUGGAGUUUUUCAGGCGUUGUUUGAUGGUUUGAAAUUGUUUAAAAAGGAGCAG